AGUCCGAGGAGGGAGAGCGGGAGGCGGGGAAAUGGCCAUUGAUGUCGCUGCUGCCGGCAGUGGCUUUAGCGGCGCUUGGGGCUGAUACUGAAACGUACCAGGAGGUUUGACAGCUGUUCUCUUUAGACGGCAGUAUGACGCCAGAUCUUCUGAAUUUCAAGAAGGGAUGGAUGUCCAUAUUGGAUGAGCCAGGAGAGUGGACAAAGCACUGGUUUGUGCUGACAGAUUCAAGUCUGAGAUACUACAGGGACUCCAAUGCUGAAGAGGCAGAUGAUCUAGAUGGAGAGAUUGACCUACGUACUUGCACCGAUGUGACAGAAUAUGCAGUGCAGAGGAAUUACGGCUUCCAGAUACAUACUAAAGAUGGUGUUUUUACAUUAUCUGCAAUGACAUCAGGAAUCCGUCGAAAUUGGAUUGAGGCUCUAAGGAAGAGUAUUCGUCCAACCAGUGUGCCUGAUGUCACAAAGCUAUCUGACUACAACAAGGAAAACUCAUUCCGCAGCAACAAAUCCACCAAGAGCUCCUUCAGAACUGAGCUGCAGCCCAACACUGGAAGUGAGGUGAUAUCCAGAGCUGGCAGCAGGAAGGCUGAAGGGCAGCGCCAGGCUUUUGACUAUGUUGAGCUGUCCCCCUUUCAACAGGGGUCAGCUUUAAAUCAGGGGUCCCCACAGCGGCCAAGAGGGAGCCUAAGAACUGCAGAUGGAGCAGCCAAGCGGGAGGAGCUGGAGCGGGACAUGGCCAUCCGCUCGGAGGAGAGGCGCAGGUGGUUUGAGUCUUCAGUCAGUGGCAGCCUCCAAAUAGAUGGUCCAGCAGAGGAUCCCUGCCCUAAGAGACCUCCAGGGAUUCCUCUUACUGAAGCUCAGAGGAGUCAGCUAAGUGAAGAGAUUGAGAAGAAGUGGCAGGAGCUGGAACGUCUGCCUCUGAAAGAGUCCAAGCGGGUCCCACUGAUGGCACUGCUGAACCAGGGCAAAGGGAACCAUGAAGAUGCAAGUGAGGCACUGGAGAAAGAGGUCCAAGCCCUGAGGUCACAGUUGGAGUCCUUGCGUUCCCACGGUGAGGCAAACCUCCAUAAAAAUGGACAUGUGCCCCAAGGAUACAUUUCUCAGGAGGCGUGUGAGCACAGUUUAGCAGAGAUGGAAACUUCCCACCAACAGGUCAUGACAGAACUACAGCGGCACCACCAGCGGGAGGUGGAGCACUUGCGGCAGGAAAAGGAGCGUCUUCUGUCCGAGGAGGCUGCUGCAACAGCUGCAGCAAUUGAAGCACUGAAGAAGGCACACAGGGAGGAAAUGAACAAGGAGUUGGGCAGAACACGCAAUUUUCAGAAAGGAUUUUCAAAUCCAGAUGCACUCCAACAACAGCAUCGGUCUGAUGUGGAGUCUCUGAAGCGGGAGUUGCAGGUGCUUUCAGAACAGUAUUCUCAGAAGUGCCUGGAGAUUGGGGGCCUGGUGCAGAAGGCAGAAGAGCAGGAACAAAUGCUGCAGCAUUGUCAACAGGAGGGGAAAGAGCUGCUUCGGCAAAACCAGGAGCUACAGAGGCGUCUUUCAGAGGAAAUUGGCCAGUUACGGGCCUUCAUUGCUGCUCGGGAUUCACGUAAUGGUGCUUCACAUAAUGAGAGGAGUUCUUGUGAGCUAGAAGUGCUUCUCCGAGUGAAGGAGAAUGAACUCCAAUAUCAGAAACAAGAAGUCCAGUGUCUGAGGGAUGAACUCCAAAUGAUGCAGAAGGACAAGAAGUUUGCCUCAGAAAAAUACCAGGAUAUCUAUGUGGAGCUGAAUCACAUCAAGCAACGGUCAGAACGAGAGAUUGAACAGUUGAAGGAACAUCUGCGCCUGGCCAUUGCAGCCCUAGAAGAGAAAGAGAUGCUGCACAACAGUAUUGGUUAGUUACCUUUCUAUGCACCACUUCGGAGAAUAAAGCACCGUUCCCCUCCAGGAACACAUGGCGAUCCUCUAUCAUAAUAGCCAUCACAUGUGCCUGCAUAACUUGGCCAUGUUUUGGACUGGAUCCUACUACUAGCACCUUUUGGGGACAUUAUACAUGAAAAUAAAUUUUAUAUUUUGGUGGGUGGAGUGGGGUGGGGAUAUGUUUUAAAAUCUUAUACUUAAGUUUCCCCAGCAGUUAACCACAAAGGCGGACCAGAUUUUUCUCCCUAAAGUUCCUUUAGACCUAAUUGUUCCUUCUCCCAAAUAUUUAGCUGUAUUUACAAUAAAGGUGUCUAUCUGCUUCCAAUUUUCUUCAAGUGGAGAGGCAAAAUCACACACCCCUCAACUUCAGGAUGUACAGUGUUGCUUCACAGCAGUCCAUGUUUCAGAUGUGCUGUGCUGAAAGAAUGUUGUAUCAGUUACUUUGUCAAUGGAACUGGUUUGUCCAAAGACCAUGCAGAGUUUAUGUUUAGAAUCUAUGAGUAGCAAUUUGAAGAUUUUUUUUAAAAUGUUGAUUAAAUGUCUUUGCAUCCCGUUGUAAAUUCAAUCUUCAUCCCCAAAACUUGUGUUCAACUAUUGUGUUCUAAUGGGGAGAAAUUUCACUGCUGAUGUUGCCAGAGCCAAACAAUGAAGGCGACUGAUUUUCUUUAUUUCGGCAGAGUUAACUUAAUAAAAUCCUUGACUAUAGAAA